UCUUUGUCUUCAACCUCCAACUGUUUUACUUAUUCUUCUUCUUUCUCUCCCUUAUCUCUUUCUCCAUAACUUCUCUCAACCUUCUUACUUAUAACCAUUCUCUCUCUCUCUCUCUCUCUAUAUAUAUAUAUAUAUACACACACACACACAUAUAUAUAUACAGGUGUGUGUAUAUAUAUGUAUAGUUGUGCCAUCAAUCAUAUAUUUCUGAUCAUUUGUACAAGUUAAGUUCUCUGACAAAAAAGAAAAGAAAAGAAAAGAAAAGAAAGAAACCUUCCUACCAUCUCAAUUGUCCCUCUCUGACAAUGUCCAGCAGAAGAUCGCGUUCACGGCAACCCCGAGUAUCGAGGAUUAGCGAUGAUCAGAUUGCAGGUCUCGUCUCCAAGUUACAACAACUUAUACCUCAUAACAUUCACACCACCCAUUCUGACAAGGUAUCAGCUUCAAGAGUGUUGCAGGAGACAUGCAAUUAUAUAAGAAGCUUACACAGAGAAGUGGAUGAUUUAAGUGAAAGACUAUCAGAGCUUUUGCAAUCUACAGACACCAACAGUGCUGAAGCAGACAUUAUUAGGAGCUUAUUUAUGUAACCCAUUAAUUACUUAUUACUUCUUAAUUAAUUAAGCAAUUAAUGAACAAUUAAUUAUAUGAUACCUGUCUUUUUUACGUUCUAAAAUAUAUGCUUUAAUUCAGUUUCAUAACCAUAUAUUUAUUGAAUAACUGUUUUGUUUUG